ACAUGAGAUUGUGGGUGAAGUAACCGAGGUUGGUAGCAAGGUGGAGAAAUUCAAAGUUGGGGAGAAAGCUGGUGUGGGGUGUCUAGUUGGAUCAUGUCGAUCUUGUGAAAACUGCACCAACGAUCUUGAAAAUUAUUGUUCCAAGGGAAUAGCCACCUACAAUGCAAUCUACCACGAUGGAACACCAACGUAUGGAGGCUACUCAGACAUGAUUGUUGUUGAUGAACAUUUUGUCAUUCAUGUCCCAGAAAACAUGCCCCUAGCUGCUGCAGCUCCUCUCCUUUGUGCUGGAAUUACAACCUACAGCCCGUUGAGAUACUUUGGACUAGAUAAACCAGGUCUUCAUAUUGGUGUAGUAGGUCUUGGUGGACUCGGUCAUGUUGGUGUCAAGUUUGCCAAGGCUUUAGGGCUAAAGGUGACGGUAAUUAGUACAUCUCAAAGCAAACAGAAGGAAGCCAUUGAACAUCUUGGUGCUGAUUCGUUUUUGAUUAGUACUGAUCCGGAUCAGCUGCAGGCUGCUAUGGGCACAAUGGAUGGAAUUCUUGACACAGUCUCCGCGGACCAUCCCAUACAUCCAUUGAUUGGGCUAUUGAAGUCUCAUGGGAAGCUUAUAUUUCUUGGUGCACCUGCAAAACCUGUCGAGCUACCAGUCUUUUCAUUGCUUAUGGGGAGGAAGCUUGUAGCUGGAAGUGGUAUAGGAGGGAUGAAAGAGACGCAAGAAAUGCUUGAUUUUGCUGCAAAACACAAUAUAACAGCAGAUGUUGAAGUUAUUCCGAUGGAUUAUGUAAACACUGCAAUGGAGCGUCUUGCCAAAGCUGAUGUUAAAUACCGUUUUGUCAUUGAUGUUGCUAAGACCCUUAAAGCAGAAUGAUUAAGAGUUCUGCUUCAUGUAAUUCCAGUAUUUUAUGAUGUUUUGGGCAUAAAACAAUGAUUUUGAUUACUAAGUGAAACAUUGUUAAGAAAAUAAAUAAUGAAAGUUGAGUAGUUUUUCCAAAUAUUGGAAAUUA